GUGGAAUUUCCUUUCCGUGUCAGCCAUAUCUGAAGAGCGGGCGAUCAGACAUAAAUCAAGAUGCAGAACGAUGCUGGUGAAUUCGUGGACUUGUACGUCCCUCGUAAAUGCUCUGCAAGCAACAGAAUAAUUGGUGCCAAGGACCAUGCCUCUAUCCAGAUCAACAUUGCUGAUGUUGACAAAGUGACAGGCCGUUUCAACGGGCAGUUCAAGACCUAUGCCAUCUGUGGUGCCAUCCGAAGAAUGGGUGAAGCUGAUGACUCCCUCCUGAGGCUGGCGAAGAACGACGGCAUCGUGACAAAGAACUUCUAAAUCAGAGGAUGCCUUUCUGGUUUUUCUUUGUAAAAUAAAAUGUAAAACAAAGGCA